AUGGCGAAGCCGAAAGAGAAUGAGAUCAAUAUUGAUGAGAUAGACGAGACGACGGGGUUCAAGACCGCUGAGCUAUUUGUCUGGGUCAACUUUGACGAGACAUACCUCCAAAAGCCCGAGGAUGACCGUGAGGCCGACGUAGACGCAUGGGUGGAUGCUUUUUGCGAGAAGAUGGAGGGCGAGGGCCUCAAUUACGGCCGAAACUUUGUGCGUUCGGUGUGCGUGCUCGGCAUCUAUGCUGGGCUGCGUGACGAGUUCCAGCAGCGCACCGGCAGCGGAAAGGCGGUGUACCCGAACGGAGACCGGUACGACGGGGAGUUCUUUGAGGGCAAGCGGCACGGGAGCGGGCGCUACAUCUUUGUCAGCCGCCGGAAGAGUGAGUGUGACAGGAUUGUGGAGAAGGAGUUGCAGAAACUGGGAGGGGCACAACCUGAUGAGAACUUCAUCAGUGACAUUGCAUCGAGGUAUGAAAUAAGCCGCCAGAUCGUGUCAUGGAUGAUUGAGUACGGAUUUCAUCCUUGCUACCACGGGGAUUAUGUUCGCGGUAAACGCACUGGGCAGGGACUAAUGAAAAACAAGGAUGGCACAGUGUAUAAGGGCGAGUUCGUGGAGAACAAGCGGGAGGGCCAGGGAAUGUUCUACUACCUAAACGGCGACAUUUUUUCCGGCAACUGGAAAAAUGGACUGAAGCACGGCUAUGGAACGUAUCAUUUUGUGGGAGGGAAUGAAUACCGGGGUAUGUGGGAGAACGGUAUUUUCACGCAGGGGCAGUGGAUCUUUCCCGAUGGCACCUACUACGAGGGCUUGUUCAAUAAGAAGAAUAGGCCAUGUGAUGACGCGGCUUCGAUGCAUUUUCCAGCCACGAAGAUGGCACAGACAGGCGUCUUCAAGCGUGGUAUUUGGGCUCCUUGCAGCGAUCUCAGGGCAUGCGAAGAAACGCCGGUGGAUGGGAUGACGUGGGCAGACUAG